CAUGCGUGCGUGCGCGUGUUCCAAGCGAGGCCGCGCGGCUGUCCUCUCUGUCUGUCCUCCUCAGUUAGGGAACCCGAGUCCCGAUCCGGGCGGGGAGGCGACCUCUCCCCGCCGCCCAGGAGUGCCCAGAGAGCAGCCCGGAGGAUUUUGGCCAAAUUGGGCGAGGGUACAAUACUACCACUUACCCCUUCUCACCGAGGAAGAGCGGGAGAAAGGGUAAGUAUGGCACAGUCCCAAGGUUGGCUGAGAAGAUACUUCAAGGCCUUCUGUAAAGGCUUCUUUGUGGCAGUGCCUGUGGCAGUCACGUUCCUGGAUCGGGUCGCCUGCGUGGCGCGAGUGGAAGGAGCCUCGAUGCAGCCUUCUCUGAACCCUGGAGGAUGCCAGUCCUCCGAUGUGGUCCUACUGAACCACUGGAAGGUGAGGAAUUUCGAAGUCCAGCGUGGAGACAUUGUGUCACUGGUGUCUCCUAAAAACCCAGAACAGAAGAUCAUUAAGAGAGUGAUUGCUCUUGAAGGUGACAUUAUAAGAACCAUUGGACACAAAAACCGUUUGGUCAAAGUUCCCCGUGGUCACAUGUGGGUUGAAGGCGAUCACCAUGGACACAGUUUUGAUAGCAAUUCUUUUGGACCGCCCACAUGCCAAGCUGAACCAGGGGAACAGCUGAGGGAGUGGCGCUGGAAAUCGAAUGAGGCAGAGAGAGCGAGCGCGCACAAGGUUUCUCUGGGACUUCUGCAUGCUCAUGCCACACAUAUCUUGUGGCCUCCAGGGCGCUGGCAGAGACUGGAAUCUGUGCUUCCUCCAGAGCGCUUCCCAAUCCAUAGCAAUGAUGAGUGACCGCGUGUGAGGCCCAUCAUAGGAGGAGCUGCAGACACCAGAAGCAUCCUACCCAAGAGAUGCUCCGAUGAUGCUGAGCAAGAGACCUCUGUAUUUCUUUAAGGUGGUCUGGAAUUUCACAAAAAAGAUGUUCAAUAUUAAACAGUAUUAAAUGACAACUGGCUUUGUGUUGUAUUUAAUUCCAUAUUGUUUAUCACAAAAAAUAUGCAGGCCUUGGAGAACAUGAAAGCAUUCUACCUGUGCGUAUUAACGGAAUUAAACUGGAAAAUGUGCAUAGUUAUAGAUGAGAUCUUUCCUUGAAGCCUGCUGCUAAAAUGUUUUUAAAAUUAAUGUGCAUUGAAGAUGAUUUGUCUUUUAAUGUUAAGACAGAACAGGGGAAAUCACAUAUUAUGCAUAUAAGGAUAGUGAUUGUAUCGUAAUUGAUGGUAUCCUCAGAACAGUGACGGCCAGCUAGGAAGCCCAGGAACUGUGUGUGAUGU